AUGGCGGCCAUCCGCAAGAAGCUGGUGGUGGUGGGCGACGGCGCGUGCGGCAAGACGUGCCUGCUGAUUGUGUUCAGUAAGGAUGAGUUCCCCGAGGUGUACGUGCCCACAGUCUUCGAGAACUAUGUGGCCGACAUCGAGGUGGACGGCAAGCAGGUGGAGCUGGCGCUGUGGGACACUGCGGGGCAGGAGGACUACGACCGCCUGCGGCCGCUCUCCUACCCGGACACCGACGUGAUCCUCAUGUGCUUUUCGGUGGACAGCCCGGAUUCGCUGGAGAACAUCCCCGAGAAGUGGGUGCCCGAGGUGAAGCACUUCUGCCCCAACGUGCCCAUCAUCCUCGUGGCCAACAAGAAAGACCUGCGCAGCGAUGAGCACGUCCGCACAGAGCUGGCCCGCAUGAAGCAGGAACCGGUGCGCACGGAUGACGGCCGCGCUAUGGCCGUGCGCAUCCAAGCCUACGACUACCUCGAAUGCUCGGCCAAGACCAAGGAGGGCGUCCGAGAGGUCUUCGAGACGGCCACGCGCGCCGCGCUGCAGAAGCGCUACGGCUCCCAGAACGGCUGCAUCAACUGCUGCAAGGUGCUAUGA